AUGAGGAAACGAUACGGUGGUUUUGAGAAUGUUGGUGCCACGGUCGAUGAUUGCAAAAACUUUAGAACUCGAAUUAAUAGCUAUAUAGGAGAAUAUGACGCUGAUAUGGAUAAACGGUUAACUGGUUUGUACUGGGCCGAUGGGUUAUGCAAGCGUAACUUUAUGGAGUUCGGGGAUGUGAUAUCGUUUGAUGCUACUUUCAAAACAAACAAGUAUAAGAUGGUGUUUGUUCCGUUUACUGGGAUUGACAACCAUUGUCGAAAUGUAACCCUUGGAGCUAGGUUGUUGGCAUCGGAGAGCAUUGACUCUUAUAAAUGGCUUCUCAAUUCAUUUGUUGGACACGAGUUGUGCAACAAUGAGGAGUUUAAAAGGAAGAUGUGUGAUAUUGUAUGGACUGAUUCCAUUGAGCCAAAAGUAUUUGAGAGACAGUGGAAGUUGGUGGCUAAUUCACAACUCACUCUUGUAAAGUUUAUGAACCAUUUUGACGGUUCAAUGGAUGUCCAAUGGUUCAAUCAUAGAAAGAAUGAUCAUAUUUCAAGAUAUACUGAGCCUGAUGAUUGGAGCAAAACUACUUUGAAAGCAGAUGCUGCUAAGAUAUACACCAGGUCUAUAUUCUUCGAUCAGCAGACAAAGAUAUAUGGAACUAUUAGUGAAUGUCUGCCAAUGGACACCAAAAUCGAGGGUGACCAAUUAAGGAUAUCGUUGAAAGAUUUUAAAGCUCACGGAGAAGGAUUUUUAGAGAUGUGUUUCAAGAGACUUGAAGAAGAUGUAAUUGCACAAUGUAGCUGUCUGCGUUUCCAACAGUAUGGGCUGCUAUGUAAACACAUCUAUUUCUUUUUCAAGAUGUUAGGAGUUAAAGAAAUACCAAACAAAUAUGUUAUGAGGAGAUGGACAAAAGAUAUGGUUCCGAAUGAAUUAAACUCCACGUUUGAUGUAAAGGUCGAUGCUAAGGAUGAGCAAUACAAUGCUAAACAGAUUGCUCGCAAAAUCAUGUAUACAGGGGAGUAUUUGGUUAGCAAUUUGAUUACUAACCUUGAUCAACUCGUUUAG